AUGUUUCUACUAGGAAUUGGUGUGUUUGCUGUUGGGAUCAUUGUUCUUGUAGUGAUUGUGUCACAGAGUCAAAAAGCAGAUGCAGAAGCCACAUUGACUGUGUCUCCCUCGCAGGUCAACCUCGCAGCUCUGACUUUUUCACCAACAUCGUCUCUGCAGGGAUACAUUUAUGGGAUCUUGCCUGAUUACACGAUUGGUGCACUUGACGAGCUAGAGUCUCCACAGUCGAAAGCGUUCACGUGGCUUUUGGAAGAUCUCAGCCUCACCAGCUACUACGUUGAGCAAGAAUGGAGAGUUCUCCAAAGGUUUGCAUUCGCAACACUAUACUAUUCAACUGGAGGUCCCUACUGGACCAAAAAUGACAACUGGUUGUCACACGUUCAUCAUGAAUGCACCUGGUAUGGAAGUAAUUCCGUUGCCAUACCCCUGCGGAGUGGAUCUCAGUACUUUGCCGUUGAGCAUCCAAACCCAUGUCAGCUAUCCAACACCACAGCUAUUCAUCAUGACAAACAAGGCAGUGAUGGCAUACAAGAUGCUGAUGUAGAGUAUGAUGCAUACAAGCAGCUUUGGCUGCACAGGAACAAUUUGACGGGCCAUUUUCCAAAAGAAAUGUUCUUGCUGACAUCCUUGAAGACCAUGAGCUUCUUUGGGGGCCCCAUUGGUGGCACAUUACCUCCACCGAUUGGAAAUCUUCAGGACUUGCAGGCAGCCAUUAUUAGCAUGCUGCCUCUCACUGGCUCUUUGCCAAGUGAGAUUGGCAUGCUAAGCAAUCUAGCAAUUGCAAUUAUGGACAGAAACCGACUUACAGGAUCAUUCCCUGCGGAGAUUGGGAUGCUGACAAACCUGGAGAUCCUGCUCAUUGAUGGGAAUCAGCUUUCAGGAACAUUACCUCAUCAGAUCUCCAGGCUUAGCAAAUUGGAAACGCUCUAUUUGGGAUCAAAUUCUCUCUCUGGCACCAUUCCUACCGAGAUUGGACAGCUUACAUCUUUGGGAGCAUUUCCAGUCAACAACAAUGCCCUCACAGGAACUAUUCCUUCUGAAAUAGGGAACUUGAAUGCCCUUACAAGCCUACUCCUUGAAGGAAACAAGCUCACAGGUACAAUACCCAAAGAGAUGACCAACUUUGAUCCUCCUCAGGGUGCUGUAUAUGGGUUCAAACUUCCUAACUGGAUCGCUACCAACCGAAUUUGGGCUCCUCUCGUCCUUGAUGCUAACUCUCCUGAAUGA